AUGAAAUUAUUAUAUAGAGUUUUUCGAUCAAAAGUCGAAUCUUUGCAACCAUCUAUAGAAUCUUUGCAAUCAACUGUAGAACCUUUGCAAUCAACAGUAGAAAAAAAAUUUUUUGAAGAAUAUUUUUAUUGGUUUGCAACCAACUGUAGAACCUUUGCAAUCAACUAUAGAAUCUUUGUAAUCAAGUGUAGAAUCUUUGCAAUCAAAUGUAGAAGUUUAAAAAAUAAAAAAGAUAUCAAUAGAAUUUAUUCUAAAAUAAUCUCACCUUCAGCUGAACGAUUAACAUAUCUAAGCAUCUUCUUGUAA